AUGGUGGCUUUGGGGGAAAGUGGGGCCUUGGGCAGCAGUGGCAGCACCAAAGAGGCGUUUAUGACCUUCUACAGCAAGAUGAAACAAAUAGAAAAAAGAGAUUCUGUUUUAACGUCAAAAAAUCAGAUUGAAAGACUGACCCAGCCUGGAUCAUCUUAUUUUAACGUGAACCCAUUUGAGGUUCUCCAGAUAGACCCCGAAGUGACAAAUGAAGAAAUCAAGGAGCAGUUCAGCCAGUUAUCCAUAUUGGUGCAUCCUGACAAGAACCAAGAUGACACAGAGAGAGCACAGAAGGCUUUUGAAGCUGUUGACAAAGCCUACAAGCUUCUCCUGGAUCAAGAGCAGAAGAAGAGAGCCCUAGAUGUCAUUCAAGCAGGAAAAGAGUACGUGGAGCAUACCAUAAAAGAGCGAAGGAAACAGCUGAAGAAAGAGGGGAAGCCUACAAGUGUGGAAGAAGAUGACCCCGAAUUGUUCAAACAAGCAGUUUACAAACAGACAAUGAAGCUUUUUGCUGAAUUGGAGAUUAAGAGGAAAGAGAGAGAAGCAAAAGAAAUGCACGAGAGGAAGCGACAAAGAGAAGAAGAGAUUGAAGCACAAGAAAAAGCAAAGAGAGAAAUAGAGCGGCAGAAAAACUUUGAGGAAAGUUGA